AUGCCCCUUCACUCUCUAUCCCUUCGUCCCCCUCACCUCCUCCCCGGCCCUCUCUUCCGCCUUUCCCCUUCUCUCCCCCCCCGCGUCGUCCCAUCCCAGCCCCCCUAUAAGACUCGCACAUCCCCCUCUCCCCUCUCCAACGCGCCGCAGUCGCGCCCCCCUAUACGACUCGCAUAUACCCCUCUCCCCUCUCCAACGAGCAGCAGUGGCGGUGGGGGCAUCAUUCCCCUAUACGACUCGCAUAUACCACUCUCCCCCCUCCAACGAGCAGCAGUGGCUGUGGGGGCAUCAGUGGGAGCGCUGGCCAACCCUGCACGGGCGGAUUUGGUGGCGGCUGUGGGGGAGACGACUGGGGUGGUGGCGCUGGGGCGAAUCACGGAGCAGAUGAGGGCGAGUGAAGAGGGCAGGGCCAUUCUAGAGGAGAAGCCUCGUGUGGCAGACGCCACACUGCAGGCAGCAGAGCAGUGCGGCAGAGGCACCUUCGGAGCAGCAUAUGCGCACUUCAUGCGCUCUCGUCGUUUCGAGCCCCACGAACGGCCGCCUGUGCGCUUCGUUGAUGACCCAGAGCUGGCCUAUGUGGCCACACGGUUACGAGAAGUGCACGACUUUUGGCACACCAUAUUCGCCCUCCCAACCACCGUCUCAGGAGAACUAGCCCUAAAGCUCAUCGAGUUCACCCAAACGGGCCUCCCCAUGUGCCUGCUCGCCUCCCUAGGCGCACCCAUCCGCCUCUCCCCCGCCCGUCGCUCCCUCCUCCUCUCCUCCAUCUACCCCUGGGCCCUGGGCGCUGGUAUCAGAGCGGUGCCACUAGCGGGGAUUUAUUACGAGAGAAGGUUUGGGGAGGACCUGAGUGAUUUGAGACUGGAGUGGAAAAUCGCUGCUGCUCCACCGCGGUUCUUUGAAAGGAAAGGUGCUGCUGCGAGCUAG